AUGAUCUCGAUUUUCUUUGGGAUGAAGCUGGGUUCACAGUCUGUAUUCUCACCCCGAUUUCUUUGCAUAUUCUUGAUCACCGACCUCUUCUUCCCAGGUAACACCGCCAAAAGAGGUCGCCUGGUGACACAUGUAGCUAUGGUCGUCAGCUCCAUGCCAAUGCUUUGUGCCUGGCGGGCACCAGACAACAUCCCCAACAUUGAUCCGGACUGGCUGUCCGCCAAUAUCACAUACCCAACCCGACCCGGUGACGACUCUCAGGAUUUGACCCUUUUCAUGCGUGUGCCAGUGCGUUCGGGCACCUGGCGUGAAAGUGACAUUGGCAAUCGACAUGCCUUCCGCGUUGAGGACAGGGUCGAUAUACACGUUGUUGCCGGUAAAAGCAUUUGCAAUGGCUUUAUUGCCUUGAAUGGAGGGUGCCCCGCUCCGAGAGGCGCGUGA